ACUGCCAGCCAGGGAGCGGCCGCAGCGGCCCUGCACCGCUCUGCGCCUGCGUGGAACUCGGGUCGCUCGCUCAGGCCCCGCCCCUCCGGUUGCCCCUAUGACAGGAGACGCCGCGUCAAGAAUGCCCAAUCACGGACUCAUCCUGCUUUCAUGUGUAGAUCACGAUGACCAUCACGCAAAUAGAUCAAGGACAGCGGUACAGGCCAAGAAUGGCAUUCUUGAAAAAGUUGGAGGUUUUGUUGGUAGAAAUGCAAGAUCCACAAUCUGGCAUCAAAACGCAAAUUCAGAACAUGCCGGAGGGCAGCAUUCCACAUACUGUGGUUGGUUGUGAUAUGCUGCAAUGGAUUGUGAAGCAUUUGGAUAUUACUAAGGAAGAGGGGCUACAUUUGGGAAGUAUGAUUAUGAAGUGUGGGUACAUCUAUCCUCUUCAGGACCGAAAGAAUCUGAAUCUCAAAGCAGACACCAGUCUCUAUCGAUUCCAGACACCCUACUUUUGGCCAACCCAGCAGUGGGGAGCAGAAGAUACAGAUUACGCCAUUUACCUAGCAAAGAGAAAUAUUAAGAAGAAAGGAGCUCUAGAAGAUUAUGAAAAGGAACAUUAUAGCAUAUUGAACAAACGCAUCAAUCAUAAAUGGGACUUCAUUAUUAUGCAAGCCAAGGAGCAGUACAGUGCAGGAAAGGAACGAACGAAACAAGACCGGUAUACUUUGGAUUAUCAAGAAAAAGCCUACUGGCUGGUGCAACGGACUCCUCCUGGAAUGCAAGACACACUUGAUUAUGGGCUGGAUCGAGCGACAGAUCCCUGUGAAAAUAAGAGAAAAACAUUUGAUGUAUAUAGGACAGAGAUCAUGAACCUCCAACAGGCACUCAUGAAGUCUGCAACAAAGUCAUCUGUCUCUCUGGGAGGAAUAGUGAAGUACUGUGAACAGUUCUGCUCCAACGACCCUAUAAUCUCAGGAUGCCUACCCAGCAACCCUUGGGUUUCUGAUGAUGUGGAUUUUUGGGAACUCAAUGCAAAACUGGUAGAAAUCCCCACCAAGACACGGGUGGAGAAAUGGGCCUUAAACUUUAAUGAGCUGAUGAAGGACCCCAAAGGACGUCAGAAUUUCCAGCUGUUCCUGAAGAAGGAAUUCAGUGGUGAGAAUCUGGGAUUUUGGGAAGCUUGUGAAGAUUUGAAGUAUGGAGAUCAAUCCAAAGCGAAAGAAAAAGCAGAAGAAAUUUACAAAACCUUCUUGGCCCCAGGAGCAAGACGCUGGAUUAAUAUUGAUAGCACCACUAUGGGCAUUACAGUCAGAGGCCUCAAAAACCCUCAACGCUAUGUCUUAGAUGCUGCACAGACUCAUAUUUAUAUGCUCAUGAAAAAGGAUUCUUAUGGUCGCUAUUUGAAGUCUCCAGUAUACAAAGAAAUGUUGUCCAAGGCAAUUGUACCACAAGAAGUGGUUAAAAAAAGCUCUUACAAUCCGUUUGUUCGCAAGCACCUGCGCUCCAGUCCCAGCCCAAUCCUCUUGAGGCAGCUGGAGGAAGAAGCCAAAGCUAGAGAAGCCGCCACCAAUGUGGACAUCACCCAGGUUAUGAGCAAGCUGGAUCGUAGAAGCCAGCUCAAGCAGGAGGCCCCGCCUGCUAAAUAGGGCCCCUAAAGGGCUGGAGAGCCCAGGGCAGGAGAAAAACCACAGAGCCAGGAGGAGGUUGCUGGCUGUACGUAGGGCUGCAUUUCCGCCUCCUGGCCUGCAGGUGCCACUAGUGUUACAUUGUUAGCAAUCCCUCCCUCCCUCCCUCUCUCUCUCCCACCCCCCAUCUUGCCUUCCCGUCUACAGUCGGCUGUUGCCAUGACAUCCAGAACAGUGUCCCUUCAUCAGCCCUUGCGGAUGAUAGAAUCCUAGAACACAGGUGGCAAAAUAAGUCACCUUACAAGAAUGGCAGUGAUGCUUUUCAUAUCAGAUCAGCUCAUUUUAGACUGCAUUUUCUAUAAACUCCCCUCCCACUUCUACAAAUGCUACAAAGACUGGAUGCCAUGGCAACCAGCUGCCUGGCCUCUCUAUGCCUGUAAAUAACAAAGAAAAAGGGCUGAAGAAUCCCAUUGCAAGACAUCAGCCAAAAAAAUGGAAUCUUCUUUCCAGACAUCAAUUAUCUGAUCAUUGCCUAGAGAACAAUUCAAGAAUUUGAUAAGGAGCAGACCCUGAGGAAGGAGACUAGUGGACACAUUUAAAUGAUUAUGCAUAAUGCAGAUUUACUUUGUGAAUGAUUAGUAUAAUCCCUUAAUAUCAUUUAAUCAUCUUUUCCUAUUCAGAAUGGCUGUGUUGACCAACAAUGGGUUGUGUUUCCCUUCAGAAAAUGUUUGCAGAUAAUGUACAGAUUCUUUGUUAGGUUUAAUUAGAAUGAUCCACUUUAAUAAGCAGUAAUAGGACAGCGUCUUUCUUUAGGACAGAUAUUUCAGAUUUCCUAAGUAGUUUAAAGAUCCUGGCUGCUCAGAUGCUUAAUCAUUUGCCUGGUGACCAUUUAAAGGAAAACCUUUAGUGGAUUUUUACAAUUCUACCAGACAAAUAUAUUUUAUACUAGACAACUCGUGACUUGUUGGGUCAAUAUUUCAGAGAUAUUUUCUUACCUAAACAGAGAAACAGAAUGACCACGGGUGGGCAAAGAAUCAGCAGGAAAGGGAGGGUCUUCUGAUAUUCUGCCAGCUUCCCAUUCCCUUCCUUGUGGGAAGCUGGCAAGGAGUGCAGGAAAUUGCGAUCACAUGAGUUCAGCUGGCUAGAGCAGCGCAGCACUAUGGCAAUACUGAGAUAGUCACAAAUUUGCCAAAUUUGAAUUCCACGGGAGUCGUGGGUCCUGGAUUUUAGAUACACUCUUUAAGUUAACACAUUUGAUGUAUAUUGAUUCGAAAAAUAUUAUCUUAUGAUGUUUUUUGUAAUUAAAGGUUACAAUCAGACAAGCAGGAGAAUGAUAGAUAGGUAGGUAGGUAGGUAGGUAGAUGAUAGAUAGAUAGAUA